AUGGGGCCCCCAUCUAUCUCUUCUUUACUGAAUGUUAUAUAUCCGGGUGUAUCGACACAGCAGCAGCUCAUCAGGCCAACGCGCUGGUUGUCUCUCUUCCCACUCUCCCCCAGCAGCAGCUCAUCAGGCCAACGCGCUGGUUGUCUCUCUUCCCACUCUCCCCCUGCUGCAGAAGCCAAGCGGCUGAGUCCUCCCAGCAACAGCAGCAGCAGCAGCAGCAGCAGCAACCGCAGCAGCAACAGCAGCAGCAGCAGCAGCGAGGGCAGCGCUCCUCGUGGUCUGGCGAGUGAAGCACCUUCAUCAGCACAAGCGCCAGCAGCAGCAGAAGCAGCAGCAGAAGCAGCAGAAGCAGCAGCAGCAGAAGCAGCAGCAGCAGCAUCAUCAGCAGCAGCAGCAUCAUCAGCAGCAGCAGAACUGCUGUUUGACCUCUCCAGCGGCAGCGAGGGAGAGCAGCAGGGCCUUCCUGUGCUCGGCUUCCGCACCCGCAGCAACAACAACAGCCGCAGCAGCAGCAACAGCAGCAGCAGCAACAGCAGCAGCAACAGCAGCAGCAGCAGCAGCAGCAGCAGACGUGGCGCCUGCAGCGCGAGGGUUGGCAUGAGCUGCCACCCGCCUGUUGCUGCAUUGGAAGGCUCAAGAGCAGCAGCAGCAGCAGCAGCUGCUGCUGCUGCUGCUGCAUCUGCUUCUGCUCCUUUGAGUGCUGCAGAAGUUGCUGCAGCAGCAAAUGCAGCAGCAGCAGCAGCAGCAGCAGCAGCAGCAGACAACAACCUCUCCCGUCAGAGCAGCACAGGUGAUUGGGUUGCUGUUGCUUCUCGGGCUUCUUCGCCUUUGCUGCUGGCAUCGCCGAGUAUUAUGUCUUUGGAUAGCAGCAGCAACAACUGCAGCAGCAGCAGCAGCAGCAGCAGCUUCAGCAGCUACAGCAGCAACAACAGCAGCAGCAGCAACAACAGCAGCAGAAACCUCAGCGGAAAAAGCAGCAGAAGCACAUCACCAGGAACUGCUGCCAGCCACAGCAUGUUUGUUGUCCUCAAUCAGCCGCAUCACAAACAGCAGCAGCAGCAGCAGCAGCAGCAGCAGCAGCAGCAGCAGCGGCGGAGGGGCGUCCCGCCGCUGCAGCACCUCUCCCUGCAUCAGCAGCAACAGCAGCAGCAGCAGCAGCAGCAGCAGCAGGAGAAUGGGAUAGCAGAUUAA